AGUGAUCAGUACCGCGCUGUGUACCAAAAUGUACGCAUCGUUAAGUUGAGAAUCGCUGCAACGUCUUUUGUUGCACGUCAAUGCCCGAACUGUUAAGAUCGCCUGGCUACUGUGCAUUACCUCGACGAUAAGCCCGUUUGGUAGGCGAGAUAUCGGUUUUUCUGUGAGAUAAAAUUUGUGUGUCGCAUCUUGUGACGCAUCACGAACACAGAGUGCCCCGCGCGGUUAGUCAGCGCCAGUUACUGACUAGCGCGGUGCAUACUUCUGGAUCUGACAACCUGACGUACUCGAACGCAAAUGACUACAUGUCAAAUUCAGUGAGUGGCGUAUUUUAAAGUGAAUUUAUAUUUCUACCGGUGGAGCUGGAUUUCCUCCGAUCUGAUAAAAUAUGUUGGCGCUUAUCAAUCGGAUUCUGGACUGGUUUAAGUCCCUCUUUUGGAAAGAGGAGAUGGAACUGACUCUCGUUGGCUUGCAGUACAGUGGAAAAACCACCUUCGUAAAUGUCAUUGCGUCUGGGCAGUUUAGCGAGGACAUGAUUCCAACUGUUGGGUUCAACAUGCGUAAAAUAACAAAAGGCAAUGUGACUAUAAAGGUGUGGGACAUAGGAGGUCAACCAAGGUUCAGAUCUAUGUGGGAACGAUAUUGUAGAGGUGUGAAUGCAAUAGUAUACAUGGUAGAUGCAGCAGAUUCUGACAAAAUAGAAGCAAGUCGUAAUGAAUUGCACAAUUUAUUGGAUAAACCUCAACUGGCUGGUAUACCAGUGUUGGUUCUUGGCAACAAAAGGGAUUUAGUUCAUGCUUUGGAUGAAAAUGGACUCAUAGAAAGAAUGAACUUAGCAGCCAUUCAAGACCGUGAGAUCUGUUGCUAUAGCAUUUCGUGCAAAGAAAAAGACAAUAUCGAUAUUACGUUGCAGUGGCUUAUAGCACAUUCUAGAAGUGGUAUUCGCUAAUACGUGUAAUAAAUUUUACAUACUUAUACAUUCUUAUCGAGAAGCCCAAGAUAUUGAUAGCAGAAUUGGGAUCAAAAGUACGAGGGAGUGUUCAGCGAUGAUUUUAUGUUAAAUUGAUUCGUUACCGUAGAUAACUUUUUUUACAUCUAAGCUUUAGCUGUUCUUCGUUUGAACAUAUAUAACUCAUAGAAAAUUUAAUGAAAAAAAAACCAAGGAUGUUAUGCUUAAGCCAAAUAUGCUCGUCUGAACGAUAACGAGAGACCCGUUCAUCCUUGCAGGCACCUUAGGAAUAAGUAAUAACUUUUAUAUUGCGUUUUUAGAGGAUUUGUGUAAGUAACAGUUUCUUUAAAUUAAACUCAUGAGACGAAAAUAGCAUUUAAUGGUCAACAUAGAGACAAUGGCAACUAGUACGAAUACAAGCGCAUAAUAAUAUCAAUUAUCAUAUAGUACAUAUUCUCGAACUAUUUAAUUAAGAUUAUUACUUCACAGCAUAGAGAUUACGUACAUUUGAUCGCUACAUGUACACGAACUUGAUGCUAAGUAAACUUGUAUAAUUAAUGGAGAAUUAUUAACGAUAUUAUACCGAUUUAUUAUGAUCCUGAAAAAUAUGACCGCUGUGUUAUGUAUAUACACGUAUACAUAUAUAUAUAUAUAUAAAAUGAAAUAAAAAUAUAUAAUUCUUUUUUUUAAAUGGAGAAUCGAUUUUGAAAAAAAUGUUAAUUACUGAAAGACAAGAAUAAAGUAUUGUAUGUUUCUAAAACGACAAUAUUUAAGAUACAAUUUUCGAAUAUUAAAAAUUAUAAUGGACAGAAGUUUUUAUUGGUUAGCGAUGCGUAUGACAUCAUAAUAUAAUCAAUUGCUCUAUUCGAUAGUAUAGAGAAUCGAUUUGUGAGAUUCUGUUCAUGCAACGCAGUCGUGUGUAUCAGUGUGUAUCGUCACUUCGCGAUAAGACAUUUCGUGGUGUAAACAAUAGAGUGUUUCACAGAGAAUUAUUUGUUUAAAACGUCAAUAUGCCACCGAUGAACGAUAACGACCCUUAUGCACACGCAAGCAAGGGACUUUUAAAACUCAAAAAUGAUCAAGGCGUGAGUAAGAA